AUGGAGUCUUCUGGACUUUUGAGCAUCAUGGUGCUAUUCAUUCUCCUAGCAAAUGUCCAGGGACCUAGGCUGAAUAAUUGGCUCUUUCCCAAGAAAUGCCCCAGAAUCAAAGAACAAUGUGAAUUCCAAGAAAGGGAUCAGUGUAAGAAGGACAGACACUGCCAGGACAACGAGAAGUGUUGCCAAUUCAGCUGCGGAAGAAAAUGUUUAGACCUCCGACAAGACAUAUGCAAAUUGCCAAAAGAUGCUGGCCUCUGCAUGGCUUAUUUUCCUCGCUGGUGGUAUGAUAAAGAAAAUAACACCUGUUCCAGCUUCAUCUACGGUGGCUGUCAUGGGAACAACAACAACUUCCAAUCCAAAGCCCUCUGCCAGAACUUUUGCCGAAGAGAGAGAUGUCCCCGAUUCAGAAUAAAGUGUGAAGUCCGAGAAAGGGACCAAUGUUCUAUACGCAGACCUUGCCCAGGGAACCUGAAGUGCUGCAUGUACAGCUGUGGAAAGAAAUGUUUAGACCUCAGACAAGGUAACGUACAGCCCCUGAUUACCUAAUGCCCUUGUCCCUUUCUGUCCUGGUCAGACCCCUCCCCUGUGUCACUGGGCUGGGCUGGUCUCUGAGCAAGAGUC